CUGGGCAAGUUCGUGGGGGUCACUCCACUGAGCCCCAGCGGCACCGAGGAGUUCCAGUCCUGGAUUCGCUACGAGAUCAACGUCACAAAGACCUACAAGGGGAUCGGGUCACUGGGGGACGUGCUCUUCAUUGACUCCUGGGAGGAGGAGAGCCUCUGUGGGUACCGACACCCGGCGCCCCUGGACGGGAAGGAGGAGUACCUCAUCAUGGCCAAGCGGCAGGGCAAGCCCCUGAUUAUCUCGUUGUGCUCCUUCGUGCGCCCCUGGGGGAGCGUCUCCCCCAGCCAGCGCCGCGGGGUCAGCCAGGCCUACGGAGAGGGCUGCGCCUGUGAGGUGGUGUGGUGUCACUCCAUGCCGUGCGAGCUGUCGGGCGACACCCAGUGCCCCUGGACCGACGGGCUGCAGGACUGGAACUGGCAGGGGCCCCAGGCCGAGCGCCAGGCCUGCCUGCCCCACCCCAGCCAGGGGGCGCCCCACGGCGCCCACCCCUUCUGCGCCUGGGAGACCCUUGAGGACAGCUUCUCCGAGGCCACAGCCAACUCCCCCGGACUGUGA